UCGUCAGUAUGCGUACACGCCACACAGCGCGAGUAUGUGUGUAUUGCCUGUGCAUAUAAAUAUAGUCGAUGAGCGGUAUUCGGUGUAUUAGUGUAAAUAUCAUCUAAGCAAAACACUGUAGCGAGAAAAAAAAAACCAAGUGUUUUUUUUUUGUACAGACUUCAGUAUUUUUUAGUGAAAUACACAAUAUAUGUAGAGGCUAGAGAGAACGAACAUCGAACAUGAGAGUAAGAAGAAAAAAAAUUUAAAACUACACACGACACACACACGGAAUAACGAAUAUAUAAAAAAAAAUAUAAUAAAAUAAGAAGAAAAAAAAAAUAAUCGAAUUCAACCAAUAAUCUUUAAUACCAUUUUAUCCGCUUACCACGAACUACAAAGAAAACAAAAGAAAAAAAAAGAAUUUAAUUAACAAAAUAAAAAGAAAUCAAAUAUAUAUUUAUUUUUAUAUUUUCCGUAGAUUUUUACGCUAAAUACUUAAACUGAAAGAAGGAAUAAAAAUCUAAAAGAGAAAAUUAUGAAGUUGAUUUCGUUGAUUUGAUGUUUGGUUCUGAAACUGAAAUUUGUGUUUGUGUUUUUUUUUUUCUCUCGCAAAGAAAAAAAUGUGAAUAAAAUUCGGUUUUGUGCAAAAGUGAAGUGAAAAUGAACGAGUGCGAUGGUGAAACGAAUCGUGCUUAUUUAAAGCCGAAGGAAUCGGCAUAGCCCCCAAAAAAAUCGAAUGCAAAAGGAUACAAGUCGGUUCAAGUGAUUCCGUGCAGCAGCAAAAAAAAAACGACACAGAACGUUUUGUCAACAUUAUUUCGUCGAAAGUUUCACACUAUACACGGAAUUGAUGAGCAGCAAGGAAUCUUUUUUAUGCAGUAAAUUUAAAACGGCGAAAGUAACAACAUUAACAAACGAAACGAAACAGAGAGAAAAAAGAUUUCAAGCAUAACAAUUACAAGUGCAUCUGCACCUAAUGCGGUGGAAUCAGCCGAAAGAACUACAUAAUGGACAAAAUUCUGUGUUAAAUAUAAACAGUGACCAGGUAAAAAUCGUCCAACAAUAAUUAAUUACGACCAACCGAAAAAAAAGCGAAGAUAAAAAGACCCAACAACAUUGUGCAUGUGCAUAUUUUUUUGUGUGUGUCGUUAUUGUUGUUAUUAUUGUUGUAGUGUGUGUGAUUCAAAAUAGUGUUCGAUUGUGUGGAUUUCAUAUAAAACUCGUUAUCGGAUAACAAAACAGCGAGAGACAAAUAAAAAAAAAACAGAACGAUUCCAAAGGAUACGAGAUACAUUGUUAACAUACACGAAUCAAAAUCAUGCAUCACGGGACAACUGCGACGAUGAGAAUUUCAGCGAAAAUAUUUGAAAUAUUGUAAGCGCAGUUAUAAGAUACAUAUCGCAUGAAAAAAAAAACGAAAGAAAGCUGAUUGAAAGAUCUUGUGUAUAGCCAAAAUAUUGCUGACGCUGAAUGAAAGAAAAGCACACCGACUCCUGUUGUUCUCAGGAAAGAAACCAGUGAAAAAGACUUUCUCUCUAUCUCUCUGCCGAUGUGCUAGAUUCGAGGAGGAUUUUGGAAAUCAAAUCACGAAGAAACGAAAUGAAUAGCAGAAAACAGACUCAGUGAAUGAAAAUGAACUAAUAUGAAGACGGUGAAUAGCAAAAAUGUUGCAAACUAUCACAAAAAGUAAGCGCAAGCUUUUGCCAAUCGAUCGAAAAAAUGUGAAAUUAUAUCGAUUCGCUGUGUAUAUCGGUGAUUGACAACGCAAAAACUGCUUGUAACAAAGCAAAAACCAAAUUGAAUCAAACAAGAAUUGAAAGAAAAAAUGAAGAAAAUAACCCACGAAAACUCCUAAUUGAAACCUAUUUGAUAUUUGUUAAUCCUCUAACGCGCUACAAUUUCGAUCAUUUUAAACAGAAAUUAAACGAAAAGAGAAAGAAACACAAUCCGAACAAAAAACGGUGGAAAACUAAUCUGAAGGAAUCGAAACUCGAAUUGUGAUUGUACACUGAAUGCUUCGACAACGUUGAUUGUCACUGUUGUUGAAGCAAACAAUUUACCGAUUUUUUUUUUCUCUAAAUAUACACAUAACCAAAUUUAUCUCAUGAACAGAAAAGCUAGUCGAGCAAACAAUUUAAAACACAAACACGUAGAGAAUACAGAGCCGAAUUUUUCGUCUAAUAUCCAUUAAAAACGAUUCUAGUUCAAGUUGUCAAAACCAAAAAAAAAAAAACAAGAAAUAAAACAAAAAUCGACGGUGUGUGUGAGAAGCAGAGAGGAAAAUUAGAGACACGUUCCCAAUGGCUUCAUUGAAUGCAACCGAUGCAAAUAUGCCAGUUGCAUUAGAAUCGUUUGACGAAUGUGCGAACAAUCCAAAUGAAGAGAACCAUCAAAUGGCGACCGAUGACAAUGAGAAGGCUAGUGUUGAAAAUGACGAAAAUCUUGCCGCAAAUGAUACGCUUAUCGAUGCCCUCGAUGACAAUCGCAACGAUCACAAUGCCGGCCACAAAACGAUCGAACACAUUAAAGGGAUGAUCGCUAGCGAUCAAGCGUCGAGUGAACGAUCACAGCAACAUCAGUCGCCGGAACAGUAUAAUGAACCUAUUCAUGAUAAUACAAAUGCAAAUGCGCUACAAACCCAUCCAACAACAGAAAAUAGUCCAAAUAAUCCAUUACGCGAACAUGAUGAUAACAUUAUCGAUCGUGUGACCACUGAAAAUGAUGUGAAUGAACUCGAUAAAAUAUUUUGUGAUAAAAAUGCGAAUUCAGCAACGUCCGAUAAUGAUGAUUCGCAAUCUAUACCGGGUAUCGAAAACAGCGACAUCGCCGACGACAUUACGAACGACAAUCGAAAGGAUUCGAGUUCGCUUCAAACGAGCAAUACAGCAAAUGCAAACGCUAGCCUAGAUAGUAAUGUUUUCAGCGAUGUCGAUCAUCAGCAACAUCAAGAGCAGCAGCAGCAGAAUCAGCAUCAGCAUCAGCAUCAGCCACAAAGCACCAUUCAUCCAAAUGCCGAACAGCAAAUGCAUCAAUAUGAUGAACAGAUGUAUCAGUACAAUCAACAAACGCAAAUGUCACAUGAGCAAAAUAUGCCGUCACACCAAUUGCCUCAGCAACACCAAAUGGAUAUGCAAAUUCAUAGAGAUAACGAUCCGCACUAUCAAUACAAAUUAUAUUCACCAAUGUAUUUACCUCCGGUCAACGGUAAUGCACAACAAUCACAUCAACAACAUCAGCAACAACAACAACAGCAGCAGCAGCAACAGCAACAAAUGCAGAAUGCGCCAUUUAAGCCAUAUCAGCUGGUCGACUCACCAGCGACUCCUCCAUCCACGAAAAAUUCUAACAUUUCGUCAGCUCCGGGUACACCCAGUUCUUUGGAUUCAUUUUCAAAUCCAUCACAGCAACCGCGACAAGUUCCACAACAACAGCAAACAGACGAUCCGUAUAAUUUUGUAGAUGAAGAUAUGCACUCAAUAUCGCCGCACCAAAAUCAUCAUCACAUGCCGAAUAUGGGCAGUUUUGGAUUGGCACUGCAGCAAAUGCGAUCGAAUGUGGGCAAUGCAAUGGGCUAUCCAUCACUGAACAAUCCCAUGAACAAUGGCAACGAAUCAAUGCAAAACAUGAAAAAUGUAAUGAUGCCAUCGUUGCACAGUCCAAUGGACACGCAAACAUCAAUGAUUAGCGAAAUUACGCCAAAGAAACGCGGCCGCAAAAAGAAAGUUCGCACUGAAGAUGGUCAAAAUAUACCGCUUGGAAUUCCCAAUGAUCCCGGUAUGGUACCGGCCAAACCAAUACCUAAAGAGCGCAAAAAGCACGAUCGAUUCAAUGGCAUGUCCGAAGAAGAAGUUUCAAAACGAACGUUACCCGAUCAUUUGGCAAAUAACCUAGAUAUUAUCAUAAUUGGAAUCAAUCCAGGACUGUUUGCUGCUUAUAGAGGUCAUCACUACGCUGGGCCCGGCAAUCAUUUUUGGAAGUGUCUCUAUCUCUCCGGAUUGACGCAUGAACAAAUGAAUGCAGAAGAAGAUUAUAAGUUGCUCGACUAUGGGAUUGGGUUCACAAAUAUGGUGCAACGGGCGACAAAAGGCUCAGCUGACUUGACACGAAAGGAAAUCAAAGAAGGCAGCCAUUUGUUGCAUGAAAAAUUACGAAGAUAUCGCCCAAAAAUCGCCGUCUUCAACGGCAAACUCAUUUUCGAAGUGUUUUCCGGCAAAAAAGAAUUCAACUUUGGACGACAAUCAGAAUGCGUUGAAGGAACUAAUACUUACAUGUGGGUGAUGCCAUCGUCCAGCGCGAGGUGCGCACAAUUACCAAGAGCGGCUGAUAAAGUUCCAUUUUAUGUGGCAUUGAAAAAGUUUCGCGACUAUUUGAAUGGCGUUAUACCACAUAUUGAUGAGUCAGAAUGUGUCUUUCCUGACCCAAAAAAUACCAAACAAAUUUACGAUAAUGACGGAAAUAAAGUGGAAAAAUUGAGUCGUUUCACACCAAAUCCAAAUUCAAUGGGGAUGCCAAUGCCGGAAAUGAUGCAACAACACCAGCAAUCGGAUAUGACAGAUAUUAGUAUGAUUGGUGGUAAGUGUGAGGGUGAUAUGAUGGGUGCACCGAAGAAGAAACGCGGCCGACCGAAGAAGGUUCGCGGUGAAGGUGAAGAGAAUGUUAAGAUAAGUGUACCGCGACGAUCACAAAAUACAUCACAGGAAACGGAACUGUUGAGCGAUGGAACGCCAAAGAAGAAGCGUGGACGACCGAAGAAGGUGAAAAUUGAUGGUAUGGACGGUUCAAUUGUGUCAACGAAAUUACCCGCAAAUAGUGCCAACAUUGAGAGUAUUAUAAAUGAAACUGCACUCGAUUCGGAUCGUACCAUGUAUUCGCCAGCACUGAAUCAAUCACAGUCACAGCAAGGUCAACCAUCAAAAUCGCAAAAGCAAUCACAACAAAGUCAACAACCAAUGAAUAUGUUCUCGCCAAUGUCGGGCAACACCGCAUUAAAUAUGAAUGGCACUAUGCAGUGUACAAUGAAUGGCAAUUUCAAUAGCAUGCAGCAGACAUCAUUUCAAUCGCAUGAACAUCCACAACAAACAAAUGCUUCCGAUUCGCCGCAGCAGUUUUCCCAUUCGAAUCUGUCUUCAGAGAUAUCGGCCGCAAUUUCUACUGCCGAGCAUUUGAAUGCGACGGCUGGCAAUGGAGACACCAAUUCACCGUCGUCCAAUUCACAAAGCGUAGCGCCAGCUGAUUUUGACACACCAGACUGCGUACACAAUGACAAUUGGAAUGAUCACAACACAUUUAACGUCGCUCAACAGCAAUCGCAAUCGCAACAACAUCAUUGGCAACCGAAACCACAGGCUUCUAUCGGUGUGAAUGCUCAAAACUCACAAUACUUGUCGGUGGACACACAGAAAGCGGCUUCCGUGAACGUUGAUGCUCAAAAAUCCCCAUAUGUCGGCGUCGACUCGUCGCAACAACAGCAGCAACAGCAACAACAACAUUUGAGCCAAAUACACUUGCAGCAUCAACAGCAACUCCAUUUACAACAACAACAACAGCAGCAACAGCAUAUCCAAAGCCAGCACAAUCCGUUCCAAUCGCAUCACAUACAACAACAAUCGCAUUCGGACGAAAUGAGUGCGUACAUCGGUAAACAGGCGCACAGCAUGAGCGAUGUGACGGCCAAGAGCCUAUCCGGUCUUGAAUCACUAGUCGAUCAAAUACCUAGCUUAAGUGACAACCAUGACUCAAGCGGACAGCAAUCGUCUGGACAUAGUUUACGCUCAAGCGAAAGCCGUCUCGAUAUACCAUCUAUGGUUGGUAGCGGUGGAGGUGGUGGUGGCGGUGGUGGUAUCGAUCAUCUGCAGUCGUCACCAUUUCAAAACAGUUGUUUGUAUUCGUCGAAUUAUCUAUCGUCAGCGUCGUCGCCGAGCCUAGGUAGCCCAAUGUUAGCAAAUUCAAGCGAUCUACGAUGCAAUAGCAAUCGAAGUCGCAGCAGUGAUAUAAAUGGUGCAUCAACGCCAACAGCAAAUCUCAUGUCGCACUAUUCAAGCUCAAGUUACCCAGCAUCGGCGCUACCACCGGCGCCGACGUCCGGUCUCCAUUCGCCAAAUAGUCCACAAACUCAAACGCCACCGAUGAAUCUCAACAAUUUGAACAAUCAUCCAUUUUCCGUGAGCAAUUUGACCGGCAAUCAUAACUAUUCACUGACACCACCGCCAUCAACACCAUCCGCAUCGAUGCCAAUGAACUCCAUCAACUCGAUGAAUUCAUACCAUUCGAAUUUUAUGGCGGCUGCAAUGCAGCAACCGCUGUAUAUUCAUGAUUUCUAUGAAAAAACGCAUCCACCCAUUCCGCCAGAAUUUUUCCAAAAGACAACACGACAGGCCACCACCAAUGUUGAUCCGCAUCUUCCACCAUUUUAUGCAUCACAUGCGGCAGCGGCAUACGGACAGCAUGCCGGUUUUCCAUCGGCUGGCUAUGGCUUCCCAACGACAAAUGAUUUUUUCGAAAAAACCACCAAUCUACAGCAUGUCCAACCACAAUCACAGGCAUUCGCCGCUUCCAGUCCACCAACAAUCCAUAUGCCCAGCCCAAAUUAUCCAUACGGCUACGGUGAACAUCAUCGUCGUCAGAACUACAUUGCAUCCGAUUUAUUCUUUUCGAAUCAUCAUGGCAUGUUUGAUCCGCGGUAGGGACGAGCUUGGGGUCACCUAUCUUCAUUCUUCUAGUUUUCCAUCGCAAAAUGAACACUUUCUGACGACUGACGGAACCUUUUUACGAAUAAACAACACACAUCAUCUCUAUCCAUACAUGGCAUGCACGCAAUUCGUCAAUCAUGCACGUUGAAUCGAUUUGUAAAUGCAUUUCAUCGAAUUCGCUCAUGAUACGCCCACUGAGUUCUGAAUCUCAACAUGAAUCCCACAUUUACCGAUUUUGUUUUUAUUAUUUAAAUCUUGUCGUGCAACAUACUUUUACCCCUCAUAACUAAUGACAAAUCCUAAACUCGAUAGACAAUUUUAUUUUGAUGUCAAUUAAAAGGGAAUAUGAUUGAAUAAAUGUGCAGUCCAGCACACUUGGUGCUGACUGACUUAGCACGCCAAAAGCCUAAUGGUGGCAUUUGCUCGUAGAAUAAUGGUGCUUUUUCUCAAAAAAAAAAAAAAAAACUGUAAGCUAAACAAACAAAAAUUCGAUAUAAACAAUUGCAUUGAGAAAAGAUGGAAAUUUUUCGAAAUUCCAAUGAAAAAGAGAGAGUAGAAAAAAUGAAGAAGAAAUAUAAAACACAAGUGAAAGAGAAAGAAAAUUUGUGAAUGUGUGUCUAAGAAAAUAAUUGUUUAUUUAAUCCACGUAAUUGUAUUGUUGUCACAUUAACUUGUUCUAAACGUGCGCAAAAAAUAUUCAACAUCCAGAACGUUAAAUAGAAAGCAAAACGACAAGAAAAAAGAAUAACACAAACACACACACACACACACCUAGAAAUUAUUGAAUAUUCAAAAUGAAAAGUUAGGAAUUAAAUAAUUUAUAAGAAUUUUUUUUAUGUUCUUCGUUUCUACAAUAACAACAUCAGCAUCAAAGAACAACAAAAAUGGAAUUUGAAGAAAACAAGUAAAAUAAAAUAUGUAGGAAAUUUUUACCAGCUUACCAGCAACAAAGAAAAAAAAAACGUUAAUAGAGAUAAAACAGAUAAAGAAAGAAAAAGAAAACGGAAUAUGACACUUUCUCAAAGAAUUUACAUGAACAUGACAUUUUUCUUCGGUUUUAUCGCUCGUUUUAAUUUUUAGACUUUUUUAAAAAAGAAGAUUUUUCGACAUUUUUUAUAUAUAAUAUAUAUAUUGUUAAUUUUUUCUCGAAAGCAAAGAAAAGUCAAGGAUUGAGAAGGAUAUGGGAAAAGCCCAAGCAAACGAUAACGCAUUGCACGGAGUGAAUCAGAAUUAUUCGGCUUUCUUUUUGCACAUGCAAUUUAGCAUAAAGUUUUUUUUUAAAAUCAAAUAAUCGCCAUAAAACUUCGAAACGUUUGGUUUACGACAUGGUAUUCAAAUACUUUUCACUUAAUUUUUUUUUCUUUCGGUUUUUGAAUUAUAUUUUAUGAGCGCGCAGAGAAGAAAAAAAAAACAGAGAAGCAUGUACUUAUUUUACUUUAGUUUUGCGGAUUGGUAUGAAAAUGAAGCCAAACUAAUAAGUUUAUCUCAAUGCAUGCGCAUGCGGAAUAUUUAGUAGCUAUAUUAAAUGAGAAUAAAUAAAAAUUAUAUAUAUAUAUUUUUGUAAACAUAUCGACAACACACCGUAACUGAAACAACAAAAUAGUAUGAAGAAGAAGAAGAAGAAAGAGUAUGUCUGAACUUGCAACAUAAGUUUUGUCAUAAAUGAAUUUAUGCUGAUUUAGUCAUCGCCGCGACGAAUUUCGGUGCAGAAACCGGAGCAAACACGUGUAACAAGUUGUAAGCUCACAGAUAAAUGAAGGUCAUCGUCGUCGUCGUCGUUUUUUUGUAUCUUUUUUUUUUCUUCAGUGACAACGAACACGAGAUGAAGUUUAUAGAAUGGUGCUAAUUCGUUGCACGACCUUGUUACCUAACGAUUAAAUGGGCCAUGUAUUGGUGUGGUCUAGCCAGUCUUUAGAAAUUUAAGUCAAUUCGCUCCCCCCCCCCCCUCCAAUUUUGUCGAGAACCGUGUUUAUUUUUUUUUGUUCGCUUUAUUUUCCUUGCAAAUGCAAACAAUCGGCAGGUCAAAGUUUUCAUCGUCAUUUGCUUUAGUAUUGUUUUAUUGUUUUUCAACGUGAUCGAUUCUUCUGUUGUUCUCGCAAUGUUGCAAUCUCAGAAAUGCACAGAAUAUUUUGCAUAAAUGUUACGAGCUCAUUUUUUUUUUUAAGAAUAAAAUUUAAAAAAAAGGAAAAGAAAUUGUCGUAUUUUUUAUAGAAUAAAAUAAUUUGCACUUGAAAUAAUCGCAACUUCCCGUUGAAUAAAUCGAGACAAGAAAAAAAAACAGCAAUUUAUGUUAGAUGUAUAAUUUGUAGCGUGCGACGAUACGAUAUUCAUUUUCGUUUUUUUUUUUUUAAGAAAAUUCAAUCGAAUCAUUUUUGUACAUGAUUGUAGUUGAUAGUUUAUUGUGAUUUUUUAUUUUUUGUUUUAGUUUCGUCAAAUCUUAGUUUUUUUGUCAUGUUUCAAUAUAUUUUUGUCUUUGUAUUUAUCAUUUUUUUUUUUUUUUGGAACACAAGUCGUCGUUUUCGAUUCCAAUGUUAUUAACAAUUUUACGAAUUUACCACUUUGUUGCCCACAUACCGAACUAAACGAACGUAUACCAUGCAAUAAGAGAGAUGAAGUGAGAACGGAAAUGAGUUCAGUUAAUGUUUUGUUUUGUUUAGUUGUCAAUUCAUCAGCAACUCACUCAGCCAAUAUUUGGGUAAAAUUACCAGUUAACAGUUUUAAAUAUGUAAUAGAUCAUUUUUUUGUGUUUUGCUCUAGAAUUUCUUAAUUUUGUUUAGAAUAAAUAAUAAAUUACGGUGACGCUCCUUCUGCACAGAAUGAGGAGAAAGUAAUGGGUUUGUGUUUUUUUUUUUUAAUUUUUCGUCUUGAUUCUGAUACAUAUUGAUAGAUAAUGGAGAAAUGAGUUGAUUGGAUGACGGAGAAAAUGAUGCGAAAAUCGUAUGAAAGGAAGAAGAAACGCACACGAAGUUGGAAAGUAUGGGUGAAUGAUGGAUUUUUGCCAGAUUUUUACACGGUGCGCAUGUCAAUAUGGUUUUCCAUUCAACUUCUCUUUACCUUUUCGUUAGCGAAAUUACUUAAGAAAAUGCAUGCGUUCAACGAAAUAAGAAUGCGUAUGAAUCGAGAGAGAAAAGGAGAGAAAUCAAGAUAAAUAAAAUGAACAAGUCGAGAAAAAAAAACACAUGCACACACACUUUCACACACAUACUAAGAACUCACAGGGUAAACUUUAUUAGUAAUUAAACAUUUAAAUAAAACAAUAAAGUGUAGAAAAGAAGAAAAAAAGAAGAGAGAAAAAAAUCACUUGCAUUGAAACAAUUCACCAGCAAAUGGAAAUGAGAGUGAUGGAACAGCUCUUAAUUAGUGAAUAAUAUUGAAAUUUUAAGUGGAAUCCAUUGGAUAUAGACGAUUAACGUUUUAUGUAAUAAUUAUUAUUAUGGUUAUUAAUCUGCAGUGGUAAAUAAACCAAACGUUUAGUAAAAGAAACAAUUCAGUCGGUGUGUGAUAAGUUUUGUGCGCAUUUUUGAAUUUAAAUAAAAAGAAAAGUAGCAACAACAACAACAACAACAACCAAUUAUGCAAAUGAAACGAUUGGAAAAAAAACUUAAAAUACCUUAAGAAAUAUGCAUGUAGAUUUAAUGGGACAUAACACACACACAAAUAAUGUCAAACAUACGGCAAGUCAAAGAAGUGUCAUCAACGUUAUUGCGCCAAAAUGUGAAGCUAAAGUGUUUUGGAAUUGAAACAGCUAGAACGAUUCCAAAUGUGCUGAGGAAUUUUGCACACAUCCAUGUACAUAUAUAAAACCGACCGACAAAACAGAAAAUACUUCGUGCGGCAAAUGAGAGAGACAGGAACUUAGCUUACCACUAUUUGAAUUAACACACCAGAAGAGGAAAGAAAACAACAAUAACUAAUGGAAUAAUUUUCAAUGUUAAAUUGUACGAAUUAAAUGAAAUCAUACGUAAUUACUAGCAAAGAAUAAAUUGAAAUUGAAAUCUACGCAAUUUUUAACAUUUUACUCUUAAUCUAUUCAGAAAAAAAAAACAAGAAUUUUCGGAAUUUUCAGUGAAUAUGCAAAUUAAAAGAAAAAAACAUGUAGGAAUGUCAUUGCCAGUGAAUAUUUUGCACUCGAUGUUCUGAUGAAUGAAAACAGAAAGAAAAAUGAAAUUGGAAAUGGAAAAUAUCGAUGGGUUUUCAAGCGAUUUAAAAUGUGUCGAUCGUUUCGAUGAACAUGCUCACGCACGGCUAUACAUACAUUUGAUCCAAUUCCAAACUCAUCAAAAUUGCAUCAACAUUCGAUUGAAAACAGUGCGAUCAAUUUCUAACGGAAGCGCGAAAUGGAAUCACACAUUUUCCAAUCAUUUGCAUUCUCUCGAAUGUUUAACGAAAUGAAAGCAAGAAGAAGAAGAAGAAAG